AUAUACUGUUAAUCUGUUAUUGACUCGUUCAUUUCCAGCAUAAGGUCACUUACACGACUCCCUUCUUCUUAGAUAUAUAAAGAGGGGAUAUGUUAGACCCACAGUUAGGUUUCUUUCACAUAAGCAAUGAAAACUUAUACAUAUACAACGAGACAGGAAUCUUUUUUGUGUCCACUGUGUCUUGUGUGCUUGUGUAUAAACUGGCAUUCCCGGUUUUAGCUUCUUUCUUUCUGUUUGCCUUGAUAGUCUUAUAUUCAGCUUCCGCGCAUUUGUGUAGAAAAGACCUUAGAGUAUACUAGCGCUUCUCCAUAAAGCAUUUCGGUAGUGGGGCUCGUCAUAGUGGGGAUGUUCACUUCGGCGCUUAACAAAGAUUUACAAGCAUUAUUGCGGCACGUUUUGCUGAGUACAAUUGAAUGAAUUAAGUGAAAAAUCGAUUGUAUGAAAAAUGAACCAAUGAUAUUGAGGUAUACUUGCUUUUCGUGUAGCAUGUUGAAUAGUUUCUUAUAAAUGAUAGGGUUAGAGUAGGGAUGAAAAUAUACAGAAAUUGGUGUCCGGUAUUCCAUGUUAAUGAAUGUGUUGUCAUAUGUUUGAUAAUACUUUUAAACAUCAAAAUAACUUUAAAAUCUUAAAUUAACCGUAAUAUUAUUAGGUGAAAUAAUUGUUCCACAGUAAAAAAAAAAAUUUACAUUCAAUCUACAUUAGCUAGAUAAUCAGGAUGUCAGAACAAUUUGUUGGUUGUACAGUUUCCGUAAAGUGUAUUGAAGAAGUUGGAACUUACCAAGGACAAAUAUUGGAUUUAAAUAAAGAUUGUAUUAUACUUUCUAAAGCUUUCUGUAAUGGGGUACCUCAUAGUUCACCUAUAGUAGUAUUAUGUGCAAAGGACAUAUUAAAUGUAGAAUUUAUAUCAAUUAAUGAGACGGCACUCAAUACAAAUGAUAACAAUCAAGCACAUAAUAAUGUAACUGUAAAAAGACCUAUUGCUAAAAGAGCUGGUAGAUCAUUUUCAGAAAGUGUUUCAUCUUCUGUUCAAUCUACAUCAUCACAAACACAAACAAAUGUUAAAAAGCCAAAUAGUUCUCAAUCUAUUAUAGAACAAUCUGCUAAUGGAAAAAUUCCAUUAGCUGAAUCUGUUGAUAAACCAAUACAAAAAAAAUUAAGUAAUAGACAAAGAAAUUUAGGACGUGAUGAAGAUACAUUUGGUACUCAAAUUGAUCAAGCAUUGAAUCAAGAUUUUGAUUUUGAAAAGAAUUUAGCUUUAUUUGAUAAAGAGGGCAUGUGGCAGAAAAUAAAUUCUUUAAAACCUAGAAAACAAAGGCAAACAGUAAACUAUAGGCAUGAUGAAAAUAUUAUUGUUUCUGAACCUACAGAUCUUAGACAAAUAAUGGUACCCAGUGCUGGUGAAAUAGAAUAUGUAACAGAUAAUGGUUUAAUAAUUCCUAGUAUAACACUUAAUCUUCAUCGUCAAUUAAUAGGAGCAGCAGAUCGAUUGGGAAUUAGUUGGGAGCGUAGAGUAGAACUUCUUGGUCGUGCUGGUGCAGAAAUUACAUUACAAUUAUUAGGAGGAAGUCAUCGAUUAGAUCCAAAUAAUGCACAUCAGUGGCCAACAGUUAUUGCUCUUUGUGGACCUCAUCGUUCUGGUGCUGCAGGUGUUAACUGUGCUAGACAAUUAUCUAGUCAUGGUAUUAAGACAAUAGUUUUUGUAGAAAAUUCUGAAGAUGUUUUUCUCCUACAAGAAUUGUCUUUAUAUAAAUUAACUGGAAACAAAGUAGAAACGAUUAAAAAUUUACCAUCAAUGGUGGAUUUAAUAAUUGUAGCUCUUUGUGAUGAAAACUCACCAAGAAUGAUUACACCUAUAGCAAAGUGGGCAAGUAAUAAUAGGGCACCUAUUUUAGCUAUUGAACCUCCAGCUACAGGAACACCUGGUAUUCUUAGCAAAUGUAGUCUGCUUGGUGGAUUACCAUUAUCUCAUAGUGUUGACAAUGGCAAAUUAUAUUUAUGUAAUCUUGCACUGCCAAACGAAGUAUAUGCAGACGUUGGUAUAACAUAUAGGUCCCCUUUUGGACCGAAAUUUGUCAUUCCUUUGCAUUCCAAUAAUUCUUAGCAAAUUUAUAAAAAGGAUCAUGCUUCUAAUAAAAUGUUAUAAUUUAGCGUACUCUUAUUUUUAUGCCUUGCUAAUAAAUUUAUACUUACAUCGCAAGAAUAUUGUCUGAAUUUAAUAAUAAAAAUCAUGUAAUGUAGCAUUUAAUGUUAUACAGUUGAAAUGUAGUUUGUGUAUAAACUGUUAUAAUUUGGUGUGCAAAGGCAAUUGUGUGUAAUAUUCUUUUAAAUGUAUAAGUAUACAAUGUAUACAUAAGAUUAAUAUAUAAAGAAUGAAUAUACAAUGUUUGGUUUUGUAAGUUACAUAAAAAAAUAAAUGCUUUUAAAUAAAAGUAAUAAAUUCAAGUAAAA